AUGGGCGACGGCACGGUGGCCGUAGGCGCAUACGCGGGGUGCGCCGAGCAGGGCAUCUACAGCACGGCUCUCGGGGCGUACGCCGGCAAGACGUCUCUCGGGGCCCGCUCCACGGCCAUAGGCGCGUACGCGGGGUUCAAGGACCUCGGACCACAGGCCCUGGCUGUGGGCUACUCGUGCGCGGCCGGCUCGAGUGACUCUGCGACUGGUAGGACGGAGUCGUCCACCUCGAUAGGAGCCAUGAUCCCCAGCAACCCGCCCGGGGGCGUGGUCGUCGGCUUUGGGGCGUCAAGCGAGGCCUCGGGCUCCAUAGUGGUGGGCUACAAGGCCCAGAGCCGGGCUGCGAACUGCCUUGUAGUCGGCGCCGAGACCAGCGGGGUUGCCGGGAUCGAGAACGCAACGUACAUGGGGGCCGUGCGGAGCGACGACAUUGCGGUGGACCUUGUCCACAACCCCGAGACGCACGAAUGGCUAAAGGUACAGGGCGGGCUCGACAACGUGCGCCCGGUGCCGGACGACUACACGGUUCCAACAGAGACUAGCCGGGAGGUGCGACUACCCCGAGAGGUGGCC